AGGUGACGCAGCUACUCUGAGCAUCGCCCUCACAACAUCGCAUUUCAAUCAUCCACUCAACCUGUCCUGCCUCUGAGCUGCCUUGAAAGCCGCAUCAGGGGAGGUCGAAACGAUGGGGUCCACCUCACCGACUUCCACCCAGGUCUCUUUGGCAGCGCCGGCGCUGUCCUUGACGGGAGCUGACAACCAUGCGUCGACCUCACAAUCCGCCUUAGUCACCGCCGACGAGCUCGUGAGGAUCCUGCAAAGUCAGGCUGGGUCGUCGUCAGGGGCCACUGUCAAUUCUCAGUCCGCGGAGUCCGCGCGAGCUGGCGAGCAAGGCCAUCACAGCGACGUGGGCGGCAUCGCUAGCUGUUCAGACAGCGUCGAGGGCUCGGUCAGCUCUUCGUCAUCACGGUGAGUUCCGCGCUGGGAUCUGGGCUCGGAGAACGGUUCUGUGGGCAGAGAUGUGGUCGGAGAAUCGUCGCCGCUUCUACGCCGCGAGAACCGUGAGGAUCACUCAUCACGAUUCUUUUCGAGCAUUGAUUGAUGUUGGCAUGGUGGCCAG